AUGAGCUGCAACCAACCAUCUGCUCGUCUCCUCUACCUCCUCGAGAAUCAUCUGACAAUGAGAAUGUACUCUCUGAAACACAUGAGCAAUGCCUUAUACACGGAAUUGGAUAAGAUGGAUGAGCUCCCAUACGAUUUCAUUCAAAAAUGGCAACUCAAGAAAGUGGUAUUACGGUACUUCAGAGGAGAUAGAAGAGGACUCGUCUUGAGACACAUUCAGAUUGUUGAGGAGCGACAUGAAGAACAGCAAAUGAACGCCCAAAAUCCCCCCGACGACUUUAUCACCUCCAUCAUGCUCACACCCUGCUCAAAACGCUACCAACAAUUGGAGGCCUACAUGACGGAAUGCGACUACAGUAACCUGUCAGCCCGUGUGAAGAGUCAUGAAGCAUUCAAGGAUGUGCAAUUGGCAAUUGAGAGAUUUAGAGAGAGGCAAACGGGAACGCCAGAGCCAAAGAGGGACAUGGAGCACGAGGAUUUCCAGACGCCACAGAAGAAAUUUAAGGCUGAGCAAUCGGAGGAUUUUGAGGAUUCCGAAGAGUCAGGAGAUUCCGAUUGGAGCGUCAUUGCUGACGAUGAGGUUCGGAGUACUGUAGAGAGAGGCGAGAAAGGGGCGGAGUCUCUGGACCAUCUGCCUUGGAUGUUGGCUCCGCCCACAAUGAUGGGAAAUAUUGGAAAAGCCGAGAAGACGAAGAAGAAAUGUGCCAGAAAGUUGUUUUGGUAG